AGAAGCUACACAGUGAAAAGACCUCCUCAAAAUCCUGUUUGCAGGCCAACUUGAAGGAGAGGCUCUCACCCCCUGCAGCUUUCCCUGAAACCCAAAGUUCCCUACACCUCUCAGCAAUGUCUAUGGUGUGUCUUUCUGACUUCGAAGCCUAUGCUAAGAAGUAUUUACCCAAGAUUGCUUGGGAUUAUUUUGCAGCUGGAGCAGAUGACUGUACCACACGAGAUGAAAACAUCCUGGCAUAUAAAAGAAUUCGUUUCCGGCCACAUAUGCUGCGGGACGUAUCCGUGAUGGACAUCAGGACUAAAAUCCUGGGUUCUGAAAUCAGCUUUCCUGUAGGAAUCGCUCCUACAGGCUUCCACCAGCUAGCAUGGCCUGAUGGAGAGAAAAGCACAGCCAGAGCGGCCAGAGCAAUGAACACCUGCUACAUUGCCAGCACCUACUCCACCUGCACACUGGAGGAGAUCUCCACGGCUGCGCCCGGCGGCCUCCGCUGGUUCCAGCUCUACAUCCACCGCAACAGGGCAGCUUCCCAGCAGCUGGUCCAACGGGCGGAGGCCUUGGGCUUCCAGGGCCUCGUCCUCACCGCAGAUCUGCCCUACACAGGCAAGAGACGCGACGAUGUCCGCAAUGGUUUCCGCCUUCCUCCCCACAUGAAAGUGAAGAACUUGGAACGAGCCUUUGAGGGAGAUGACUGGUCUGAGUAUGGACUGCCACCCAACAGCUUGGAUCCUUCGGUCACCUGGAAUGACAUCUACUGGCUGCAGAGCCUGACACGCCUGCCCAUUAUCAUCAAAGGCAUCUUGACAAGAGAAGAUGCAGAGCUGGCAGUGAAACAUGGAGUUCAGGGAAUCAUUGUGUCCAACCAUGGUGGGAGGCAACUGGAUGAAGGACCUGCCACUAUUGAUGCUCUGGUUGAGGUUGUGGAGGCAGUACGAGGCAGAGUCGAAGUUUAUGUAGAUGGUGGGAUACGAAAAGGAAGCGACGUGUUAAAAGCACUGGCACUGGGAGCAAAAUGCGUCUUUAUUGGAAGACCAGCUUUAUGGGGCCUGGCUUACAAGGGUGAAGAAGGUCUUCAGGAUGUCUUGAAAAUUCUUCAGGAUGAAUUUCGCUUGUCUAUGGCCUUAGCUGGCUGUGCCAGCGUCUCAGAGAUUGGCCAGCACCUGGUUCAGUUCUCAAGGCUGUGAUCAGCCUCCUGCCAUGCCCACCAAACAGAGGCAGGUGAAGCUAAGGUCCCAACCAGACCUUCAUGAAGAUGAAAAAGGAGGUGCAAUAAGUAUCUGAUAAGGCUUUCUGGAAACUUCUGAAGAGAUUAGGAAAAGCUCUGUGUUAGCAAAGGCUGCUCUCUGCUUUCAUUGAGACCAAUGAAUUUCAUAACAGUUUGGGUAAUUGUUACUUCUCUAAAUACAUUUUCUUUAAACUGGCUGUUUCACAGCAUUACCUGUGUUGGGUUUUCCUCCAAAGUUCUGCUACAUUGGACAGCCAGACAUGGAAAAGCCUGUGCCUUGCUUUUUCCACUUGUCAUGCCAAGUCUCACUGCAACCCAAUCCACCCACCUCUCCUGCUCUGGAACAGUAAAUGUUGUGGCUGCUAUCUUCCAUCCAGGCUUUUCCUGGAUGUAUUAAUAAAAAAAAAUAGAAACAAGAUGAAUCAGCUGCCAGGCACUCCAGCUACCCUUUGCAAGUGGGGGCAGUUCUUGCCCACUGCUUCUAAAUGCAAAGCAGUGAAGGGGUGGAGCAGGGUACCACUUGUGGGGAAAGAACCAGCUCUUUUUUCCAGUGGUGCAAACCCCCUGCCUCACCCUGCUUUGGAGCCAGCAGAUACCCUGAUAUCCAUUUCCCUGGCACGUGCAGGGGGAGCCAUGCUACCAAAAGGUGACCUUUUGCAUGAAGCCUACUUUAAAUCAGCCCAAAGGAGGCAGAAGGAAGAACCUCAGCCUGUUAGCACGCUCUGUUUAGACUUUCGUUUCUCUCAGAGAUAACAGUGUCUGCAGUGAUGUUCCAGAGGCCUUCACAUGGAGGCCUUCCUCUCUGUUCCAGUAACAAUAAACCUUGUCAGCAGACUGACAGCCUGGCAGAUAAGACUUGGGAAUUACAGCACAUCACACACUUUGAUGGAUUUCAAGGAUGCACAAGAAGAGAAUGAGACAACUGGGAGUCCUCAGUCCCGCGAAGGCUAAAGGCAGGGGGAGGGGGGAGCACAUCACUGCCUUUUACUACUCAUUUGGAGAAGAUCCAGGCCAACUUCUUGGAUGUGUGCAGUAAAAGGGUGAAAGGCAAUGGACACAAGUUGCAAUGAGGAAAAUUCCAGGCAGAAAUCACUGGGGGGAAAAAAUCACCAUGAGGGCAGUCAGACACUGCAACAUAGGGUUUGUGAAACCUCCAUUGUUAGAGAUAUUCAGAGCUUGCCUGGGCAAGGUCCAGAGCAACCUCUUUGACACUGCUUUGAGAAGAGGUCGGCACAGAGAUCUCCAGAGGCUGCCUUUAAUCUGAAUUGUAGGAGGAUAUCACAGAAUCAUAAAAUAGGAGCUGCACAUGAGAUCUGUACCCUGCCAUACUACUGUGCUGCCAUGAGCAGCUACAUGGAGCUGCAGGGGCAGCACGUGUAUCUCUGUGAAAGGUUGCAAGAAAGCAUUUUCCGAGUGAAAAACAAAGAUAUUUGGUCAGUGAACUUAAAGUGAGAGGUCACAGGGUUCAAUCAGGGUGAGAGACUAUUAGCAAGCCCAGUUUUCCCAAGACAUUGAAAGUUUUCUAUGGUAUGGGUUAGGCCUAAGCCAAUGCAUGCCAAAGUUUCAUGCCCCAUUGUCUGCACACAGUUCUGCUUUAUGUUCUUGAUGUCUGAUACACAUUCAAGCAAGGUUGAAUCCUACAAAAAAACCUUUCCUAGAAGAUUGUAAACAUGUAGAUUAAGAACUAAUCAAACCCUGCUGCUUCCCAGCAUUCCUGGAGGAUGGGACAGAGAUACAGCCUACUUGCAAGGGUAGUUCAUCUACAAAAUGGAUCCAAACAUAAACAUUUUUUUGGCAUAUGAUGCAAAUUUCUCCAGGCUUUAAAUAUAUGAGUCACUCAUCAAUUUCACCUGAGGAAAUAGAGUUCUUCCUAAAACAAAAGGGAAAAGGAGUCUAAAUGUUUUUUUUUUUUCUAGUUAAUAGCCCAAAUCAUGUGCUGUCUAAUAUGGCAAAGACUACUGCAAGAAGCCUUUUUGAUCUUGGAGAUAAUGUCAGAAAUGUUCAUAAUCACCUUCUCCAUUCUACUGGAAGAAUUUUGGUAUUUCUGAAAUAGGAGAUAUUAUCUUUGUCAGGUUUGAAGACACAGAAUCACUGAGGCCUCUUAAGGUGAUUUUCUUCAUACCUUAAUUAAAGUGAUUAAAGUGUUUUACAACUCUU